AUGGUCAAUGCCACCAUUUCUGUAUCAGACUUUGUACUGCAUUGUGGAAUCAGACCUGACCAGAGAAGUAUAACCAUUGUUGCCCUACUUGUAAUCUACCUGGCGUCCAUGUUUGGAAACCUUCUAGUCAUUAUGGUAAUAAAAAUGAGCCGGCAACUUCACUCCGCCAUGUACAUCUUCAUUAGUACCUUAGCGGUGAUAGACGUAGUGAACAGUAACACCAUCAUCCCAAGACUCAUCACCAUUCUUCAGAUUGACUCCUCUCUAGUACCCUACGGAGCCUGUUUGAUGCAGAUGUAUGUCAUAUUGAAUAUCAACCUAAUGGAAUCACUUUUGGUAACGUUUAUGGCUCUUGACCGUUAUGUUGCAGUUAUGUAUCCUCUCCGUUAUCCAUCAAUUGUCACCAAAAAAAUUGUGUGGGUUGUUGUCCUGUUUUUGCCCUUGUUUGCAUUUCUCUUCCACAUACCAAUUCUGGUAUUUGCUUGUGAGCUCUCAUUUUGCCGUACCAAUGUCCUGCCAUAUUGCUACUGUGAUUACUCUAACAUGGUUCUAGUCUCAUGCAACAGUGACCCCAAAUACUUGCUUCUGUUGAGCAGUUUUGUAAUCGUUCUAGGGUUUUUCCCACUGAUAAUUGUUUUGUUCACAUAUGCCAGAAUCUUUCUAGUGGCAUUAAAAGUCUCCACUUUAGAUGCAAACAGUAAAGUUUUCAGCACCUGCGUCACUCACCUCUUUGUGGUCGGGCUUUCUUACAUUCCAUUGCUGUCAUCCUAUAUUUUACCAGGGGCUGGAGUCAAGAUGUCCAUCGAAGUCUACAAUACAAUGUUAAUAAUUGGUAAUGUGGUCCCCCCUAUGAUGAACCCAUUAAUCUACAGUUUACGGAACAACGAAAUCAAAAGUCGCAUUUACAUGAUUUUUACUGGGAAGAAAAACAUUCAAGAUAACGUUCACCACUAG